AAUAACAACUUUACUAUUGAAAACAAAGUCAAAAUUGAUUCGUUUUUGAAUUCUUUAUAACUGUGCAGCUGCUUGCUGUAGUGAGAGGUAUAAGUGUUACAACACACCAUGCUUAAACCAAUUCACGGGAACUGAAACUUGAAGAAUUAACAACACGCAAAAAUGGAUCGCUGUACUUUGCUUCACCUGGUGGUAUUUUUGUUUAUCGUUGUAUACAACGCUAAGUGUGAAGAGACGAGACAUUACAAAUUCAAUCCACAGUUAUGCGAUCUGAACCAAAAGAUAAGUGCAGACACUCUACAAACAAGCACGUUUUCUUAUGAAAUCUCCACACUGGACAUACACUCCACAAGAACUUGCCAAGCUGUUUUUAAAAGCUGUGUAACGUAUGCAAACUCACUUCAAAAGAAAGAAUGUUGCAACAACGCUAAAAGAUUCUGUGAAAUACACUCAAAGUAUGGUGCAUGUGGUGUUUAUUGUGGAUGCUGGCAAACAAGUUGUUACGUGUAUGGUAGUGAGAGCGGUUUGCCUCUGUACUACUCCUGAGCAGGGUUGGUGUCAAACUUUGUCAACAUGUUCUGAUUACCUAUUGAAGAGCGAAGACAUAGGACCUUUGCGAAUUUAAAAGAUAAAUAUAUUUUUCCUCAAUUAUUUUAUUGUCCAAAUUCUAAUUUUAACUUGUAUUCAAGGAAUUUCUAGUUGCAUAUAAUAUUUUUUUAAGAAAAGCCAAUUUAUUAUUAAAAAUGUUACCUGUGAAGACGGAUUUCCACGAAGUGGAUUGGAUGGCAUGUUUGUUGGCAAAAUGUACCUGAAGAUGCUUAGCUUAGCUCUGGUUUGCUUCAAAACAUUUGCUAUGUCAAAAAAUGGAAACAAUUCCUAAUUUUAAGCAGAAAAAUAUUUUGCAGCAAACUUUCAACCAAUCAGAACGCAACCAUUUGUGUUUAUUCUUAUUUAUUUAUUUAUUUAUUUAUUUAUUCAUCUUAUUUUAUUUAUUUUUAUUUAUUUAAAAAGCUUAAAAUAACUGUUUUAUUUUCAAUAUCUAGAGUGUUUCAUUCACCGGACUUUAAAUUCAUCACAUGUUUUUUUUUGUUUCUGUGGAAACCGAAAUAACGUUUCGCAGCUAAUUCGCUGACGAAUUCACUUUUCACAAUUUUUUUUGGAUAUCUGUCUUUGGUGCAGAAGCAUUUUUAUUUUUUAUGGAAUAUUCACCACUUUAACAACGAUUUAUUGCAGUGUAAACAAUGGAAAGUUAAAAAAAAACUAGUCGUUAGCCCGUGGAAAAAUCCACGGGCCAACGAAGAAAGACCUA